AUGAUCCUGGGGGCCGACGUGACGCAUCCAAGUCCAAAUGCUGGGGGCGCAAGCAUUGCCGCUGUGACGGCGUCCUUCGACUUAUCCUGCAUGCGAUAUUCGAUGCACAUCCAGCCGCAGGAUGGUGGUCAAGAGCUGAUCGCGAACAUGGGCGAAAUUCUGGCCGGACAAUUGGCAAAGUUUAAGGAAAGCAACGGUGCGUACCCGAAAAGGAUCUUGAUGUUUCGUGACGGCGUGUCGGAAGGGUACUUUCCCACGGUUAAGCAGGAGGAGUACGAGCCAAUGAAAGCCAUUUGUGAAUCGAUCACGGAAAAGGAAGGAAUCGAUAAGAUCAAGAUAACCUUCGUGAUCGUCAAGAAGCGGCACCACACGCGUUUUCAACCUAUGGGUGCAAAAGACGGAGUCGGGACAUUCCAGAACAUUCCGCCCGGAACGGUCGUCGAUACCAAGAUUGUGCAUCCGUCUGAGAGAGAAUUUUUUCUGAAUAGUCACGUCGGCAUUCAGGGCACCUCCAAACCCACGCGGUAUCAUGUCAUUCAUGACGACAACAAUUUUACGAUGGGAGACUUGCAGAAGAUUACGUACUAUCUCUGCUACGGAUUUGUUCGAUGCACGCAACCGGUCUCCUACCCUGCCGCGACCUAUUAUGCUCAUUUGGCAGCUUUUCGGGCCCGUCACCUCAUCGAAAGGGAAGGGGAAAACGCUGACUUGAAAGACCUCGAGAGGAAGUUGACGAUCCAUCCCGACCUGGCCAAGCGAUAUCCAAUGUUCUUCGUGUAA